AUGUCUGAUCAAGAUAUUCACCCAAAUAGAUACAUUGAAUUGCGAAGUAUCUAUAAAAACUACAUCGAUUUAUAUAAUGCGUUGUAUCAGCUAAAAACAGAAAAUGAAGGAGAAUUAAACUCAAUUUACAAAAUGAUCAAAACAGAACUGAUUGAUUCAAAGAAAUUUCUUCCCCAAGAUAUCAUCAACAAUAUCUUCAAUAUCAUUCCGUAUAAUAAUCGUUAUACAAAUUCAUAUUUUUCUCUUGCCAAACUCAUAUCUGACGAAUAUCGUGUCAAAGAGGUUAAAGAGGUUCCAAAUCUCCUGUAUUAUUAUGAACAUGGAAUUAAAUUAGACAAAUCUGAAGAUUUCGAAAAAAUUAAAUCAGAAAAUCUUGAUAUUCAUGCAGAAAAUACAAUUUACCGAGCAAUUAUGUAUAAUGACAAAGAAAGAUUCAUCAUAUUCACGGAAAGAGAAAAAUUUGAUAAAGAUCAAAGACUCAUUAGCAAUUUGUAUCCAUAUUCAAGCUACCGAUAUUCAUUACUUGAGUUAUGUUGUUAUCAUGGAGCAGUUGAUUGUUUCAAGUUGUUAAGAACUAAAUUUAACUCGAAAAUAACCGAAACAUGUUUACAACUCUCAUUUUUAGGAGGAAAUCCAGAGAUCAUGAGUGAAUGUUUGAAAUAUCAAAAAUCAGAUAAAAAAUGCAUGAAAUAUGCAAUUAUUUCACACAAUAUUGAUUUUGUUACAUUUUUGAUGAAUGAGUACAAUAUAGAGAUCGAUUUAGAAUAUUGUCAAUGGUAUAAAAAUCUUGGAUCAUUUUUAGUUUAUUACGAUCAAACCAAUAAUAUCAACAGAAGUUUUGUUGAAUCAAUAGUUUUCAAUAUUCCAUCUCUUUGCAAAUAUUUCCUAUCAAAUGGUGCAAAUAUUAAUGAACAAGAUGGAAUUUAUAGGACAGCUCUUCAUAUCGCAGUUUAUUUUAACUAUAAGAAAUAA